GAAUGUUCAACACGCAGCGCCAAGAAUAAAAGCGACUCAAAAGCGAAGAACUCAUGGAAUCAAGUGAUGAAGAUCGACGAAAUCAUGGUGCACAAGAAAGAUAUGUGUGAUAUCAUCGACACUCGCCUCCAGCAGGGAGGCGACGAUUCACUAAGUUUACUGCGGCACGAGGUGCUAUUCAAACAGAUUAUAGGAAGCGACGAAAGGAAUUUCGAAGCAAUACUCACAAUGUUGAAAUCAUAAAUUCAACAUCAUGGUCUACCGGGAAUUUUAAGCAUAUGGUGCAGCCAAUACAUGUAUGGCCUUCAUAGGCCAUAGAAUCUUACUACCUCAUCUUCUCUGAUCUCGUCUUGCUAUGUUAAUUCGCUAUUUGGGCAGUUGCUUGGAUGUCAAGAGAGUCCUAUUAGGCUUAGCUAGAGAAUGGGCAGAAGCAUAUACUACUCAAUACAUACAAAUGUAUUAGUUAUGAACUUUUCAAU